GACGACGCGCACGCAGACGCCAUAACCGGAAGUAGAUUUUUCCGGUGUCCUUGUGCGACUCAGGCGAAGAUGAACAGACAGAUAUUUGCGCUGCAGAGGAUGGUGAGGCGGAGCAUCUCCAGCUCCAGCCGUCGCCAGGUGGAGAACAAUGUCCCAAAGAACCAGAAACUGUUCCAGGAGGACAACGGCAUCCCCGUCCACUUGAAAGGAGGCCCAGCCGACGCUCUGCUGUACAGAACAACGAUGGCCCUCACCGUCCUGGGAACUGGAUACGUGGUGUACGAGCUGGUGAGCGCAGCGUUCCCGAAGAAGAAAGACUGAAACUCCUAAAUGCUUCCCGCUGUCUUAUUUCCAUGUUUAAAAAAAAAAAAAAAAAAACCCCAGCCAGGUGCUCCUCCUUGUAAAAUAAGUGAUACAUAACUCCUGUUGUGGUGGGAAAUAGAGUUUAAUGUUCAUGGGAUCAAUAUUUAUUUCUUGUACUCUAAUGAGGAUCAAUAAAAUAAAAUACCUCUCAUGACCAAAAAAC